GUUUCAUUGCGGCUUCUAUAAGAAUCGGUCGAAAAAGCGGAAUUUCCAUACAAAGUUUUCUCUUCGGCCAUUUUUGAUUGGCUUGUUGUUUUUCUCUCUCUCUCUCUCUGUUGAAAUUUUUGUUUAAACAAACAAAGUGCAUUCUUUUCUAUAACCGAGAAGUGUUAGUUCCUGAUAAGCUGUUUUUUAGUUUUGAGAAUAUAAAAAAUUGUAAUCUAUUAGGAAGAGUUUAUCAUCAAAGUUUGACACUUUGAUUGACCUUUUUAAAAGUGAAAGAAAAAGUGUCUGAAAGUCACACCACGAAAAAAAAGAGUGUAUAUGACAAAAAACGAUCGAUCGUGGAAUUAAUGAAUAAGUGAUCGAAUGUGAUUGAAAAUAAAAGUGUUAACUUAUGCAAGAUUAAUAUUUUAUUUGGCAAAGAAAAAAAAAAAAAAUCAUAACAAAUAAACAAAAAAAAAUAGAAACCUUCCGAAAAGAUUGGCUUUUUUUGUUUUUGGGAAAAUUGCUGAAGCACGAAUUGCGGAAACAGAACGUUUUUACGCGGAAGAAUAACUUACUGAUCAUUGAUAAGAAUAUGAAAUAACAUCAAGCGUUUUAAACAAACUCAUUAUCUCUCUCAAAAACUACUCUAACAUUACAAUGAAGACACUACGGACGGCUUUUAGUGUCCCCCAGAUAAAGGCUUUACUGCGAAAAGAUGUCCUAGUUCGGCUCAGGCAGCCGUGGAUGACAGUUGUGCAAUUUAUCUGGCCGUGUCUUGUAUUUCUUUUACUUUACACAAUUCGUGAUAGAUUUGGAGCUGUUAAAGUUGAUAAUUGUCAAUUUCCAACACGACAAUUGCCAACAAAAAGCAAUGUAUUGCCAUUUUUUCAUUCGUAUAUUUGUAGUAUAGAAAAUAGAUGUGAAAGUACCGAAGAAUAUGAGGAGUAUUCAAAGCUUGAAAAUGCCCCAAUGAAACCAAUAAUUGACAUUGUACAAAUUUUUAUUAAAGAUGACUCAUUAUAUAAUACACUUGUUGACCUGCCUAAGAAGGCCAAUUUUAUAUCAGCAGUGACGUCACUUGUCACAAAUAAGUACUUUAAUGACAUAAGAGAUAAUAUUGGAAAGGUUGUUGCCGCAAUACCAAAAGUUGAACAGAUGCUGGGACAUAAUUUUGACAUUAAAAGACUUUUUUUAGAUCGUUCAACAUUUGUACGAGGUGGUAAAAUACUAUGUGGUCAUCCAUUUCCUAGCACCGAUGUUAUACCAAUAGCAAAUGACAUUUUAUAUUCAGAAGAUUUUAGUGAAGUUAACGAUGAUGAAUUAGAUGCUAUGCCAACAAAAUAUUGCAAACGUUUAUAUUUGGAUGUGACAAGUAGUAAUUUUGGAAAAUUAACUUGGAGUCAAAUUAAACCAAUUAUACAUGGGAAAAUUUUAUAUUCACCAAUAACUGAGGAUACUAAAUCAAUAGUGAAAUAUUCAAACACUACCUUUGAAGAACUCGAUCGUCUUGUAAACCUAGCCCUUGCCCUCGAUGAAUCUUUGAUCAAACUCCGCAAUGACACUCAAUUCCAGGCUAAAUUCGAUAGUAUUUUAGAACUGGCCAAGUCACCAAUUGUAAAAAGUCUAAUAGGUGACACCAUCGACAUUUCAGAAAUCGAAUCUAUAAUGAUGGGAAUCAGGACAGAUCAAACUGUUUUUGAAGUUAUUCAUACAAUCAAAAAUAUUUUAGAAUGUUUCUCUGUUGAUCGAUUUGUUGGAGUUCAAUCAGAAGAUGAACUUCAAAAACUCGCCUUCACUAUGAAUAAACAAAGAUUGUAUUAUGGAGGUGUACAUUUUAAUAAGACCGAAGGCAAGGAUGUUGUUUAUAAUUUUCACAUGGAUACCGACAAUACUCCACCAACGGUUGAGACGAAAAAGCGAUUUUGGUUUCCUGGACCAGCUGGUGCGAUGGAGACGGAUCUGAAAUAUCAUCAGGGUUUUGUGGAGAUUAAACAUGCCAUCGAUAUGGGAAUUAUUAAACAUAAAAAACACAAGUUGAAUGCUUUGAAACCUCCAACAGAAAAAUUAUCUACAACAACUCAAAGUUUGGUUCAAUUUUAUCGAGUGGAUGAAGAUGAACAAGAAGAUCAAGAUGAAGAUGAUGAUGAUGAUUGGUUUACGAAUGGUGAAAGUUCAGAAACAGCUUCAAAUUCAAGUGGCGAUGGAUUAGUUAGUGGAUUUACGAAUCUUUUGAGUGGUUUUAUGGAUGGUUGGAAUGGAGUUGAUAGGGAAAAUAAAUCAGAUACAUUAAAUUUGGAAGAAGAUGAAGAUCUUGGUCAAGAUGAAAAAGAAGUUGUAGACGAAACAACACAACAAACAACUACUGUGUCCGAUUCACUAGACGAUAAUGAUGAUGAUGAAAUUGUUAUCACAACAACAGUUAUUCCAGAAACGGUGGAAGAGGAGGAAGAAGAACAACUGAGCCGUAAGAGACGUUCACCACAGGGUUUAUUGGAUCUUUUCUUAGGCAUGGCAAAUAAUAAGCUUGCCGGAGACAAAUUCGAGGUGGAUGAUGUGCAAUUUUUUACCAAACAAUUUCCAUAUCCUGCUUAUACCAAAGACAACUUCAAAACAGGACUUUAUUUGGGUCAAGCAAUUCAAUUUGCAUUCUUCAUUGGACUUAUGGCACAAAUUGCUACUUGUGUGCGACAUCGGAUUUGGAUGCGAGAAAGUAGAAAUACUAUGAUAAUGCGUUCCAUGGGCCUCAAAACCUCCUCGGAACUCCUUUCAUGGUGCAUAACAACAUUUAUUGAAAUGCUCCUCAUAAUCAUAGCAGUCUGCAUUAUUUUAUAUUCCGGAAGUAUCCUGCACUACACAAACUUUGCUUUUGUUUUAUUUUUCUUAAUAAUUUUUGGAAUAUGUUUGAUCUCAUUUUGUUACAUGUGUGCAACAUUUUUUACCUCAGCCACUGUUGGUUCAGUGACCACAUCAUUAUUCUUCCUGAUCUCUUUUUGUCCAUAUAUAUUAUUUAUAAUUUAUGAUGCUCAAUUAAAUAAAUUUGAGAAUUUCUUCUUAAAUUUAUCAUUUACAUCGGCUUUUGCACAAGCUUGGAAUAAUAUUUUACGAAUGGAAUUACAAAUGACUGCUUUGACAUUUAGUGCAGCUUUCGAAGAUGGGCUAAGUGGUGAAUUUGCUUUUGCUUUAUCAACAAUUAUUUUUGAUACUUUCCUUUAUGCUGCUAUUGGAUAUUUAAUUGAAUAUUGGACAGAUGAUGAAUAUCAAUUUACUGACGUUCAAAGAGAAGAACUUUCACCAAAUAUGGGUGCAACAAUGACAAAUGUUUCGAAAAUCUAUGGCGAAAAUAAUAUCGCUGUGAGUAAUAUUUCUGUAGGCUUCCAAAGGGAUCAAGUUACUUGUUUAUUAGGUCGAAAUGGAGCUGGAAAGAGUACUAUUAUCAAAAUGCUAACUGGCCAAAUUGUUCAAACCACCGGAAGAGUUAUCCUAUCACAAUCAUCGGAUACCCAAGCUGAGGAAUACGACAAGAUCGGAGUUUGCUCUCAGGACAAUAUUUUGAUACCAAAUUUGACAGCUAGAGAACACUUAGAGCUGUAUGCCAAGAUAAAACUUAAGCAGGGCUACCAGUCAGUGGUUGACAAAACCAUGAAAAGUAUGAAGUUUGGUAAACAUGAAAACUAUCCAGCUUGGAAGCUGUCAGGUGGAUAUCAGAGAAGGCUUUGUGUAGCAAUAGCUUUUAUUGGCUCUCCUAAUGUGGUAAUUCUGGAUGAACCCUGCAACGGUGUUGACAACAAAGCCCGCAAGGACAUUUGGGACCUUAUUGAAGUCUUGCGAAAGGGAAGAGCUGUCAUUUUUGCCACUCAUUUCCUAGAUGAGGCUGAAUAUUUGAGUGAUUCUAUUUUAAUAAUGAAGAAUGGAAAAAUCAUAGCCCACCACAAUCCUGAAACAAUGAAGUCACUUUUCACAGAAAACUUCGACCUUGAAAUUCACUGUCGUGACGUACAAACAGUCACAGAAGUCAAAAAACAACUUGAUGCAAGUUUGACAAGUUUCAAAAUUGCACAAGAUACUCCAGUUGAUUUGAAACUUGAAAUAAGUUACGAUCAACAAGCUAAUAACUGUCCCCAACUUAUGGAUGCUUUGGCAAGUCUCCAAAAAGAUGGUAAAAUAAGUGAAUAUAGCAUAAAUAGUAAAAAUCUUGAGGAAGUCUUCACGGAGGUAAAUAGUCUCUCUGAUAAAACAAAUGGUUAUUCCAAACGACAAACUCUCCAACCAGUUGAGUUAAAGAAAUCAAAUGGUUUCCAAGAACUCAUUCGAAAUGAUCCACUCUCCAAAUUGGAGAAAAUUAAGUUGCUAUUUGGAAAACGUUUUACUCACUUUAGUCGCAACUAUCGGAUGCUUUUGUGUGCUUUAAUCUUGCCAGCAGUAUUUGAAAUGAUUGCAAUGUGGUUUGUGAAUCUUCGAUUGGAAGAUGAUUUCGAUAGAGCUUUGAAGUUGUCAAGUGAUCUUUACCCACAUACAACACAUAUUUUAAGUAUGGAGAAUCCUACGACAUUCACACAGGAUAUCUACAAUCGAUUACAAUCGGAGUGUAGAGAUAACGAUCGAGAUUGUAGAGAAUUUAAUGAUUCUACAAAAGCUUUCUAUUGGAUUCUGGAUACUGCUCAUCAAUUCCAUGAGAAGAGAUAUGGCGGAACGACUUUCAAUGAGACUAGAGCAACGGUUUGGUACAAUAAUAAGGGACAUCAUGCUAUGAUCUCUUGGUUAAAUGAUCUUAAUUCACAUGUGCUUCAGGCUGAAAUGGAUGAUCCAGAGUAUAGCAUAACGACUUUUAAUGUACCUUGGAAGCUGGGUGAUAGGGAAUUUAGCAUAUCGUCAAUACUUCGACAGGUUUCUGACGCUGGUGUUUCGUUUGUACUUUUGAUAUCGUUGAGUUUGGUAAUGGCAGUGGCUUCGGUUUAUAUUGUCAACGAAAGAAUGAAGGGUGAAAAGCUUCAGCAGAUGUUGUGCGGUGUGGAUGCAGGAAUUUACUGGGGAGUUGCUUUUGUUUGGGACUAUUUGGUUUUAAUCGUUGGUAUCGUAAUUUGCUCCUCGGUAUUGCUUGCUUUUGGAAUGCCUGUCUACACAACAAAAGCCAAUCUCUGGGGUAUCAUCGUGCUUUCCUUCCUCUAUGGUUUCGCAUGCAUUCCAGCUAUUCACGUGGUUGAAAAACUCUUCACCGAUUCUAGCCUGGCCAUUAUGACAAUCUUCUGCAUGAACGCUAUCAUUCCAAUCUUUACAAUGUCAGUGGUGGUUCUGAUAGGAAUUGUUGGUGAAUCAGAAACAGCUGAUAGUUGGCGAUACUUUUUGAAUCGAGCAUUCUUGAUCUUCCCUCAACAUGCUUUAGGAGAUGGUUUGGUUGAGAUUUGUAAGAAUUUUGUUGUUGCUGAAUUCUUCCGUCGAUAUGAUAUUGAUUCCUAUAAGAAUCCUGUAACCAGCAAUCUUCUCCUGCCUCAUAUGACUGCAUUGGUGGUUUUAGGAUUUGUGUUUUUAACAUUGAAUAUUUUAAUUGAAAGUGGAAUGGCUAAUAGAUUGGUGAAGAAACUUAUUGAAGAACACAUUGAUGAUCCUGUUGAUGAUUUGAAAAUUAUUUCCAUACAAAAUUCAUUGAAGAGAACUGAAAAAGUUGGUUCAAUGGAAAGACAUGUUUUGAAAGUAGAUCGAUUAACAAAGAAAUUCAAUCGGAAACAAUAUGCUGUGAAAGAUGUUAGUUUUGAAAUAUCAUCUGGAGAAUGUUUUGGUUUGUUGGGUAAGAAUGGUGCAGGCAAGUCAACUAUAUUCAAAAUGCUUUCGGGUCAAAUGCAACCCAGUGGUGGAAGUAUUAUUUAUGCCAAUAAAGAUAUUGCAUACUGCCCACAAACGAACACUUUGGAUUCGCUGUUGACUGUGAGAGAGAUGAUCGAAUUCUAUGGAAAACUCCGGAGGAUCAAUGAUAUUCAAAAGUUGACAGAAAGUACCCUGCUAUCAUUCCAAUUAGAAAGCUACAAAGAUGUUUUAGUGAAAAACUUGAGUGGAGGUAAUAGGAGAAAGCUAAAUGUUGCUAUAACAUGCUUUGGCUGGACAGAUGUUGUUCUAAUGGAUGAGCCGACAAGCGAUAUGGAUCCGGUGACAAGAUCAAUAGUCUAUCAUGCAAUUGAUGAUUUGAUUCUUGAGCAGCGAGCUAUUGUUCUAACUUCACAUUCAAUUUCGGAAAUUGAUCAUAUUUGCCAUCGAAUAGCUGUGAUGAAAGAUGGACAAAUGCUUACUUGCAGUCGACCGGAAACUCUUAAAAUGCAAUAUGGUGGAUAUUAUAGUGUGGCUGUAUUUUGUGAGAAUGGAAAGAUUGCAGAGAUUAAAAAGAAAAUCCAAGAAACAUUCCCUGGCUGUGGUGAUAUUCAAACUUAUACUCAUUCCAUUAAGUUUGUUUUGAAAAUUCAGCAAACUAUUCACGAGAACGAUAGUUCUUCAUUAAAUUCGGAUGACAAAACCCAUCCAACAUUAGCUGAAUUAUUCCGAAGGAUGAAUUUUUUGAUUUCUGAAAAUACUUCAAUACGUUUUACAAUAAAUCGUUGUCGAUUGGAUACGGUUUUUGAAAAAAUUCUCGAUAAUAGUGAUAUUCAGGGAGGUUAUGUACAUAAUGGUUAUGUUGAAACAGAAACUAGAACAUGAUUUUAUUGACUGGCAAGUGACAGUUAAUAAACAAAAAAAAAAAGUUGUACUUAUCCUAUUACUCAUGUGCUGUAAAAAGCCCAGGAUCAUUAAAAAAAAAAAUAAAUUGUGAUACAAAGUUAAAAUACACACAAAAAGUGCUUAGUUUUAAGUUUUAAUAUUUUUUGUUUAAUUUAAAGUAAAAUUGUCUCAAAGCGUGAGAACUGAAAUGGAUUAUGGGAUAUUUAUAUAAAAAAAACAAUCGGGUAUACAUAAAUUAGUUUAAAGUCUUAAGCAGGGCAAAUAGACUUUUGAACUUAAAAACAAUUAAUUAUAAAUAGAUACUUGUUUUAAUUUCAGGGUGAAAACGCUUUUUUUUUUGUAAUUUUAUUGUAUAUU